UUUCAAUCUAAACCAUAACAAAACAUGUCAACAUGGCGACUUGCAUGAGUGAAAACGGUUCAGAAAGAAAACUUGAAUUCUUUUUACAGGUCCCUUUCCCGUCUGAGAGAGAGGCAAUUAUUGCCCUGCAGUCUUUAUCUCCUGAUCCUGAGCCCAGGAAAGGAGGAAUCAGUAAAAAUCUGGAUGUUUUAGGACAAACACUGUCUGUGAGAUGGACUGCAGAUGAAGCACGUAUUCUUCGUGUCUCUGUAAGUUCGUUUUUGGACCAUUUGUCUCUAGUGAUGGAAACAAUGGAUGCAUUUGGUCCUCCUGUCUCACAUUGACGCUCUUGAGGCACUAAUACAAGCAUAAGAUGAGACAUAUGGAUGUCUCAUAUGGAACAUCAUCUCCAAUGUGUUCAGUUUGGACUGCAAAGACUCAAAAAGCACAAUUAUGUGCCUUUGCUCUGCCUGAGAGAUGCAACACAUCAUGUCUUAAAGAAAAUGUUUUGUGUUAAAGUUUUGCGAUGCAACAGAAGCCAAAACAGUGUGUUUCGUCAUUUGAAUAAAGAUUUAUUAUUGGAGCACUGUUGAGAAAACAAUACUGAGAGAUGAUUUAAGUGGUCAAGGAAAGGUCAUUGUUUUAUAAAAGAGGGACAGAUCUUGGUUUCUAUUGGUAGACAUCACUUGGAGUUUUCAAACAAUCAUCUACAAUACUGGUUGAUCGAAAUAAAGACGUUAAAAAAAAAAAAAAAAAUCACAUGGAUUCACGGGUUUGUCAGAACUCUCUGAUUUCAUCUUACAUUUUGUGCCUUUAUUGACCUACAUGAUUCAUACCCAUAAUUUGCUCAAUGAGAUGAGCCUAUUAAAAAUGUAUGAACAUUGAAAUGUAAACCAAGCAUGAGAUCAAAACAUGUUUGCAGGAGACAGGAAUUAAUCAUUAAUUUGUUACAUUCAUACACUAUAACUGGGGAAACGCUUUCAGUCAAGAGAAAGAAACAUGUUGCAGGGUUAAAAUGAUUGCACUUAAUACUUUGUGAGCUCCCAGAUCCCCAAAGAUUUUCAUUCGACACCACCACCAAAGCUAUUCAGCCUCCUAUACUGAAGAAGGAAUCGUGUGUGUGAGUUUCUCUAGGCACAAACCUUUUUUUCUUUCUGGUCUUGGCAGCUGAUAAACUCUUAAAUCAUGCUCAAGAUUUAGAUAUCAUGACAUGUUGGGCUAUUUAUGCAGUGCAGAUUUAGUUAAAUAAUCAAUAAAGGUUAAUGUUAAAGAAUUUGGCAAAAAAUAAGGAAUUAUAAAGGAAGUGUGACAGCUUCUACAUCC